AAACCCUAUUCUCGUCCUGCAACUGCGAGUGCCAAGUUCGUAGCUUUUCUCCAUUUUCAAACCUUCAAUGGCGGAAACUUGUCACCCAGAGAUUGAGGUGGGUUCUUCGAAUAACAUGAUGUAUACAAGUGAUGUCUGCUCUAUAUCUCUGGAGCUGUCGGAAAAUGAUCCCUUUUAUCAGCAAAAAAAGAUAAUUGACUCUGCUGCCUUGGAUUUUGGAUGGCAGAAGUUAUUGCAUUGCCAAGGUUUUGGUGUUAAGGAAACGUUACAGCUAAAUAGCUCAUUGUCGGCAGAGUCCUUCAAUAUUAGAUUCGAAAAAUUGCUUCGUUUUGCGAGAAUAACAAACCUAGAUGAGGUUGAACUUUAUUUUGGUGAGGACGCAUGUAACUCAGCGGGAAUUUACAGUGUUAGAAACGAGAUCUCAGCUCACAACUCGAUUCUUUCACUCAUUGACUUUUCUUCUAAAACACAAACAGAAGUCGAUUGUUUGAAAGCUUUACAAGGUGUUGUAAUUGGUCGGAUCAACGAGUUUGGAGCAAAAAAUGAGGAAGCUUUUGUUGAUAAAAGCUAUAGAUGUGAAAAAGAAAACGUAUUAGUGCAAUGGGGUCAAAGCAAUGGAGUCAGAACAAAAUUGCAGAUUGCUCAGAUUGAAGGGUUUGGCCGAGGAGCUAUAGCAAGCGAAGAUUUAAAUGUCGGAGAUGUUGCCUUAGAGAUUCCGGUUGCCAAUAUCAUUUCUGAGGAGUAUGUGUUCACUUCUUACAUGUACCCGAUACUGGAGAAGAUAGAUGGGAUGACAUCUGAGACAAUGUUGCUCUUAUGGACCAUGAGGGAGAAGCAGAACCCUGACUCAAAAUUCAAGGCAUACUUUGACUCACUACCCGAUAAAUUUUGUACAGGUUUGAGUUUUGGAGUUGAUGCAAUAAUGGAGCUGGAUGGCACUUUGCUUCUAGAUGAGAUCAUGCAAGCUAAAGAGCUUUUGCGCGAGAAAUAUGAAGAAUUGUCACCCGUUUUAUCCAACCAUCCUGAUAUAUUUCCACCUGAGCUCUACACAUGGGAACACUAUCUAUGGGCUUGCGAGCUUUUUUACUCCAACAGCAUGCAAAUAAAAUUCCCUGAUGGAAAGUUGAAGACUUGCUUGAUUCCUAUCGCCGGUUUUCUUAACCAUUCGGUAUAUCCACACAUUGUGAAAUACGGAAUAAUAGAUGGCACUACGAGUUCAUUGAAGUUCCCACUCUCGAGGCCUUGCAGAAAAGGGGAACAAUGUUAUCUUAGUUACGGAAACUACUCCAGUUCACAUCUCAUCACAUUUUACGGCUUCUUACCAGCAGGCGACAACCCAUACGAUGUCAUUCCCUUAGAUAUCGAUGUUUCUGAGAUCGUUCAAGAUGAAGAAAACGCUGAAUCUUCUUGGACAAAUCACAUGUUGCGAGGGACUUGGCUCUCGAACAACCAUGGCAUCUUCCACUACGGCUUACCUACUCCGUUACUGAAUUACUUCCGUAGUGCUCAUGGCAUUGUUCAUCGUUCUGAAACCGAUCUGUUGCAAAACUUGGAAGUUGAGAUGGAAGUGCUCGAAAAUCUCAGAUCCACAUUUGAAGACAUGAUGCAGAAUCUUGGCGAUGCAGAUUCUAUGGACAGAGAAAACGUUAGCCGGGGCGUAAAACUAGCCGUGGAGUUCAAGGAUCAUCAGAGAAAGAUAGUGUCUUCCAUCCUGGAUUCAUGUUCCAAGGGACAGAAACUGAUUCAAGAAGCAAUGUCUGAGCAGCAGGUGUAGAAGAGGAAGGACGAGGAUACCGAAUCAUCGGUUAAGCUAAACCGGAGAAAUACCGAUCUCGGUUAGAGAUGGAAAACCGGGUUUGCAAUGUAAUCUGUUGAUCUUUGGCAACAAUUAUCUAAAAAGGAGAUUGAGUGGGUUGGAUGUGCGUUGGUGGUUUAAAGAGUGGUUUAAACUAAAACAAGUGGAAGGCAUUGGUGGUUCAGAGAGGUUGUGACUCAGAUUCCAUGAAAUUUGUUGGACAGUCUUUUUCUCCCUAACAUUAUUAGAUUAAUCAUUAAUAUUUAUUUAAGUUUUA